AGCUGGCCCAGUAAACUCCAUAAUAGUCUUUACACCCUCACCCAAAAUCAAAUUCAACCUUUCAAAACACAUCAAGAAACAUAUACACAUUCUCAAACUAUAGUUUUAGCCACCAAAACUACAAUUAAAACAAUAAUUCUUCUCCCAACCUUCAACAGCUAAGAGGAGAAUUUUGGCCACAAAAUCAAGCAAAACAAGCACAAAUUAAUCUAACUGUAGAAGAAUGGAGACUUCAUUUUCAAAGCAACAUCAUCAAUCUAUGGGAUAUUUGUGGGCAAAUCUAGGAAAAGUUAGAAACUCACUGGCUUCUCCGUGGAAAGUGUCCGGUGAGGGGUUGAGAUGGGUUCUGAAAGGAUCAAAAGCAACUUACACUCUGCCCGUAACGAGUCAGAAGAGAAAAUUCUUGAUUCACGGGGAUCUUUCCUUCAAAGCUGGAACAAAAUAUAUCCCCUAUUCUGCAUAACUGCUGUGGCACUGGACCCUCUUUUCUUCUACAUCCCAGUGGUUGUGAAUGACAAAAACCGAAAAUGCCUCAACCUGGAUAAAAGACUGGGAAUCAUUGCCUGUGUCCUUCGUACAUUCAUGGAUGCCUUCCGUAUAAUUCACAUGAUCUUUCAAUUCCGAACCGGCUUCCUUGCCGCUUCUUCUAGAGACUUUGGUGCUCGGACUAUGGCAAAGAGGUACUUGUUCACAUACUUCAUCAUCGACGUCCUGGCAAUUCUUCCACUUCCACAGCUUGUAAUUUUGCUUAUCGUCCCUUCAUUGAAAGACCAGCCGGUUGCAUUUGUAACGAAGGAGUCGUUGAAAUACAUUAUUAUCUGUCAAUAUGUACCGAGAAUUGUUCGAAUUGUUCCCCUUUAUAUAGAACUUACAAGCCCUUCAGGCGCUGUCACUGAAAAUGCUGGUGCUAUAGCUGCACUUAAUCUAUGCAUCUGCAUGCUAGCCAGCCAUUUAUUUGGGGCCAUCUGGUACUUGAUGUCAAUAGAAAGACAAGAACGGUGUUGGCGUGAUGUUGCUAUAAAAUAUGGGCAUAACCGAGAUCUUUUGUACUGUAAUGAUGAUAAAGACCCUAGACGAACCGAUAAUUCAUCAAACCCUGAUUUGCUGUCUCUCCUGAACACUUACUGCCCUUUGAUCAAUCCUGAUGAUAUUACAAAUUCAACAGUCUUCAAUUUUGGAAUAUUCACUGAUGCACUCCAGUCAGAGACCGUGGAAAGUUGGGAUUUCCCUAAAAAAUUCUUUUACUGCUUCUGGUGGGGUCUGCGUAGUCUCAGCUCUCUAGGGCAGAAUCUGAAAACAAGCAAUUUUGUUGGGGAGACGAUAUUUGCUAUUGUCAUUUCCAUUGCUGGACUGUUUUUGUUUGCAAUACUUAUUAGCAGCAUACAGUCAAUGACUGCAGUAAAGGUUGAAGAAAUGAGAAUCACAAAUGCAGAGCGAUGGAUGAACAAUAUAAACCUACCGGAGAACCUAAGGAAAAGAAUCCGGCGGUAUCUACAGUAUAAAUGGCAACAAACCAGAGGAGUUCAAGAAGAGAGUCUAAUUAGUUGCCUUCCAAGAGAUCUCAGGCGAGGCAUAAAGCGUCAUCUUUGCUUGGAUUUGCUCAUGAGAGUACCCAUGUUUGAGAAAAUGGAUGAGCAGCUGUUAUAUGCAAUGUGUGAUCGUCUCAAAAGGGUACUUUACACUGAAAAAAGCUACAUUGAAAGGGAGGGGGAUCCGGUGGAGGAGAUGCUGUUUAUAAUACGAGGAAAUUUGGUCAGCACCACCACCAACGGCGGAAUAACUGGCUUCUUCAAUGCUGUUAAUCUCAAAGCCGGUGACUUUUGUGGAGAAGCACUUCUUACUUGGGCCUUGGAUCCUCAGUCCUCCUCUGAUCUACCCAUCUCCACCAGAACCGUACAGGCUUUGUCCGAAGUCGAGGCCUUUGCUCUGUUAGCUGACGACCUCAAGUUCGUCUUCUCCCAGAACCGGCGUCUCCAUAGCAAACAGCUCCAGCACAUUUUCAGAUUCUACUCCGUGCAGUGGAGGACAUGGGCGGCCAGCUUCAUACAGGCAGCCUGGCGGAGAUAUUGUAAAAGGAAGCUUCUUAAGUCGUUACGGGCAGAGGAAACUAAUGACGCCAGCCAAUCGCCGAGCCUUGGCGCCACGAUUAACGCAUCGAGAUUUGCAGCCAACGCGUUGGGAAACUUGCGACAGCAUGAGACUCCCACCCCCAGAAUGCUGCCUCAGAAGCCGGCGGAGCCUGAUUUUACUGCUGAUCAAGGCCACUAAAUGUUAAUUCUCUGUUUUUUUUCUAUUUUCUGUUUUAUAUAUGCCUGGGAUAAAUUCGGAAGAAUGAUAUGUGGUAAAUAAGGCAUGUGGAACCUAGAUGAUGAUAUGGCUGCCAAGUAAGAUUAAUUAUGUGUUGUCCUUUUAUGUUAUGUCUGAGGUCGUUUCUAAUCGGGUUAGGUUAUUUUUAGCUCUG